UGAACGAUUUCUUAAUAAUAUUAUUACAUGUUUCAAGAUGAAAUCGGUUAUAACUGAGACACGAAAGUGUACAAAACAUAAAUAUUGUCUCGUUUGCCAUAACAAACGUUUCAAUUGAUUAUUAGUGGUUUUCUAUUUUUCUUCUCUAUUUUAUAAAGAUUUAGUAGUUAAAAUAUAUAUUUAUAUGCGAUAUGCCUUGAGAAAAAUUGAUAAAUGAAAAUAAGUACAUGACGAGAAUUUGAUAGAUUAACGAAAAGGAACGGCAAAUAUAAUCUCUAGAUCUUUCUCAUGUCACGAGAAUAUUGAGUUGUCUGCUCUUUACCGUUCAACGUCACAUCAAUUUGAUAGAAAAGAGACAUUUUUAUUGAUAAACAGGAUGAUUAAUUUUAAAAUUUUUGCACCGGGCAGAAUUGUCUUAUCCGGAGAACAUUCGGCAGCGUAUGGAAAACAAUUUAUUGUAGCCAGUUUAGAUCGUUAUACGACUCUCGAAUUCUACGAGCUACCUGAACAGUCAGGAAACAUUAGGAUAGAGUUACUUGACGUUAAUCUAGAGUUGAAUAUAUCUUUAGAAGAAGUUCGAAACUAUUUUUAUCAAGAGAAUUUAUCAUACAUGCAGUCAGAUUCGAUCAAUUUGCUUAAAUAUGUGAAAGAUAUUAUCACCAUUAAGGGUAUGUGGAAGACAAACGAGCAGAGAUUUAGCUUACAAAUGUUUUUUUUCCUGCUUUAUUCUAUCUAUUAUCAUGAACAUUUUGAGAUGAAACCAUUUGCCGUAAAAGUGUCCUCGGAAUUACCCAUCGGAGUUGGACUUGGCAGCUCGUCAUCGUUCGCGGUUUGUCUCUCAGCGUGUUUUUUACAUUUGCAACGACUGCAGUGUGGUGAUCAUAUUGAAUUUGAUAACAAUGAAUUACUUGCAAUUGAAAAUUACGCUACAUCUUGUGAAGAACUUAUGCAGGACUAUGGAUUUGCGUCGAUCGAUAACGACAUUUGUAUAAACGGCAACAUGAAAAUAUGUCGACGUAUUAAUUUCAUAAGAUAUUCGCAGCAGUUCAUAAAUAUGGAAAAAAUGAAGAUUUUACUGAUCGAUUCGAAUAUUCGCCAGACUAAAUGUGAACGAGCGACACAAAUGGCAAGGUUGAAACAUUUAAUUUCCGAGUUUGAAUUUCUGUUAACUAAAUUAGAUGAAAUAGCAACAGCAAUGUAUAACACGUUCAUUUCAAUAAAUCAUACCGUAGAAAAGGGCUAUUUUCGACGUAGAGAAAUUCUCUACAAUGACUUACAGUUUCACAUUCGAACAAAUCAACAAAUGUUGAGUGAUUAUCAUUUGUCUAGUUCGGAAUUUGAUCUUAUAUGCUCUAUUGUAAACGAUUUUGGAUUCAUAGGAAAGCUUACAGGUUUUGGAGGAGGGUUUAUAUAUAUUCUGCUAUCACCGAAUGUUUCAGUAAAUGUAACCACGAAUGCUAUAAUACGCUUAAAGGAAGAGGGUUUUAAUGUCAUAACUACUAGCAUCAAUUGUGAUGGAGUGAGGAUUAAUUGAUGAUUAAUUCUAUUAAAAUUAUUGCGAUAAUAUAUAAAUUAUUCAAUAAUAACAAAUAAAUAAAAGCAAAAAAUGUGACAAGAUUACUUAGUUGCUUAAUAACUAUCGCAUUUUAGAAAAAGUGGAAUAAACCAUAUAUUUUUUAAUAUUCCGCUCUUAAUAAUCCGCCGUCGUACUGAAUUAUGAAGUCGAAGGUGAAAAAUUAUUGAAUUUUUGUAUUUCUUGUAAAAUACAUAUAUU